CUGUGUCGGGUGGUGGCGGGUUUAACGGCACAUUUAUUUACACGCUCUAACCCCCCUUUGCCAGCACCAAAAUAUGAUCAAAGCCUUCUUUUUAUAUUAUCAGAGUAUGUUUUUUGUUUGCACUCUGACCACAAGUAAUGUGGUUAAUGCAGACACGAUUCCUUGUAAAAGGUUUCAGUUUGGUGUUUUAACAUCUUAACACAGCUGUUUUGUUGCCAGAAAAAAUGGGAAAACCUAUUAUCAUGUUGAUAAAUGGUCGUAAUUGUAACGGGCAACUGUGAAGCCUAUAGGCUUCCACCGCGGGAAGGAGAGCCGAGUCAAGGGCGUCACGCAUUGGGGGGAAAAAUAAAAGGAACGGGAGAGGGAAGAGAUGGAACGGGGAAUUGGAGGGGAAAUGAUGGGGGAGGAACGGGGAUCGGGAGAGGAGAGGAGAGCUGAGAGAGGUGAGAGAUAAUAAAGACCACCCGAGGGCCUCGAUGCUGCUGCAUCUGUACGAAGCAGCAGCAUCAACAGCGGCGUCUGUUUUCACAGUGGGCGGUGACGUGGGUCCAGAGUGGUGGGGAGGGGGCGGGGGCGCACGCAAGUCACGUGACUCACGGGAGGCUUCAGCUGAUCUCGAUGUUAGACGUUGGCAGUGAUUCGCGACAGCGUCGCCAGUGGCGAUGGCUCGCGAUGUCCCCGGAAUAUUGACCAAUCGGAAGCCAAACGCUUUCCCCAGGCACGGGGCUCCAGCCGGGUCCCCUCGAUCCCUGACCCCUGACUCCCCACCACCUCCCGAGGGGGUAGGGGAUGUGUUGGGCGGGGGACCUGCAGCCAGAGGUGACCACCAACCUCCUCCUCGCUCCGCCAUGGCCAAGCACCACCUCCCCGUUGUGCUUCUCGCCCUCACGGCGAUGCUGCCGCCGCCGCCGCUGUGGGGGUCACAGGCCCAGGAAUUCCUCGCCGUGCCGAGAGUGAAGAUAUCCUACGAUGAGCUGGCGCAGGAGGCGGCGAUGAGUUUCCGCGCCGUGCCCGACGCGUCGGCGCUGCUGCUGGUGCCGCAGCGCUCGGCGCUCUACGUGGGCGCGCGCGACGCCAUCCUCGCCCUGGACGCCCGCAACGUCUCCCGCGAGCUCCACCCCGCCAUCACGUGGAAGGCCGACGAGCAGACGCAGGAUGACUGCCGGGCCAAGGUCUCCCCCGCCGCCGCCGUCGACUGCUACAACGUGGUGCGCACCUUGCACCAGCUCAACGGCACGCACCUGUACGUGUGUGGCACCUACGCCUUCCGGCCCAUGUGCGCUUACGUGGAUCUGAACUCCUUCUCGCUGGUCACCAGCGCCGUGAGCGGGGGGGGCCCUCAGCUGGUGGACGGGAAGGGCCAGUGCCCCUACUCGCCCUCGCAGCGCUACGCCUCCACCAUGGCCGGUGGGAAGCUCUACUCCGGCACGUUUUACAACUUCCUGGGCACGGAGCCCGUCGUCAUGCGCAACAUGGGCCCCGACGACCCCCUGCGCUCCCUCUACAAGUCCUCGUGGCUCUCUGAGCCCGAGUUUGCGGCGGCGGAGCAUGUGGCGGAGAGCGAGGAGGGCGGAGACGAGGACGACAAGGUUUACCUCUUCUUCACGGAGGCGGCGCAGGAGUUCGACUUUUACUCCAGCAAAGUGGCCGUGCCCAGGGUGGCGCGCGUAUGCACGGGAGACCGCGGUGGGCAGAGUUUCCUCCAGAGGAAGUGGACGUCGUUCGUGAAGGCGCUGCUCCCGUGCUCGGUGCCCGGGGAGAACCUCUUCUUCCCGUCGGUUCGCGACGUGUUCGUGCUGCGACCGAAGGAGGGCUGGCGCAACAUCACAUUCUACGCCGCCUUCACCUCCACUGCCGUGGGCGGCGGCGCCGUCUCGGCCGUCUGCUCGUACCGCAUGGACGAGGUGCAGCGCGUCUUCUCCGGACGCUUCAAGCACCAGGGAGGGGCCGACCAGCGGUGGGCCCCCUACGCCGGGGCCCUGCCCGCACGACGACCCGGACACUGCCCCCUGGGCUGGGACUCGCAGACGCUGCCCUCCGAGACGCUCAACUUCAUCUCCGACCAUCCCCUGAUGGACGAGGCGGUGAAGGCCGAGGGGGGCCGGCCCUGGCUGCUGGUGCCGGGAGUGGCCUACAGCCGCCUGCUGGUGGUCGACGUGGCGGCGCUGAACGGCACGAGCUGGAGGACGCUGCUGCUGGGCACAGACACGGGCGCGCUGCACCGCGCCGUGCUGCCGGAGUCGCGCGGAGCUCCUCACCUGGUGGAGGAGCUGCAGGCGCUGGGGCAGCACGAGCCGGUGCUGUCCAUGGUGCUGACCCACGACCAGACCUCGGUGGUUGUGGCCGGCCCCGCGGGGGUGGUGCAGCUGCCCGUGUGCCGCUGUGGCCGCUACGGCGCCUGCUGGGACUGCGUGCUGGCGCGGGAUCCCUGCUGCGCCUGGGACCCCCAGCGGAGGCUGUGCAGGCGUCACGGCGGGGAGACCGGCACCGGGUCGUGGCUGCAGGACGUGAGAGGUGGGGACGCGACGACGCUCUGCUCCGCUCACCCGCCAGACGUGGUGGCCGUCCGCGUGCCGCUGGCGCCGGUGCUGCUGCUGCCCUGCUCUCCCCCCUCCCGCCUGGCGCGCCUCUCCUGGGAGCGAGACUCGGGCCCGGCCCCGGGGCAGCCGCUGCCCCCGCCCGAGGCGGGGCUGCUGCUCCGCCAGGGCGCCCCCCCGGCCCCCCAGGAUCUCACGGGCACGUACCUGUGCUGGGCCGAGGAGGGCGGCCACCGGCGCCUCGUGGCCAACCGCACGGUGGCUUUGGCGGGCGUGGUGGCGAGCGCGGGCAGCGCGACUGUGGCGGCGGGCGUUCUGGCCACGCUGCUGGUGGUGGCCGUCGCGGCCGUGUGCCUGCUCGUGUGCUGCGGCGGCGGCGACGGCAGCCGACGCGGCUACAGCCCCACGCGGCUCGACAACGGCGAGCAGGCGGACGCCGCGAUCCGGCUGCAGCAGGUGCCCGGCAACAAUGGCACGGUGGGCGAGACCAGCGCGUGAUGGCCUCCCCACCCCGAGCGACGGCCAGAGCGCGCCGCGUUGACCACACCGCCGGCGCGGGACACGGUGAGGGGGAGCGGUGGUCGAGUGUCACCGUGGCGGAGGCAAAGACGAAUCGGUGGGUCUGCCAUCGCGAAG